AUGUUUCCAUUUUCUUUGAUAGGGGAAGCCGCGAGGUGGCUUGAUUCCCACGUAGACAACCACUUUAGAUCAUGGGAACAACUCCACCGAGAGUUCAUGCAAGAGUUCUUUCCGUUGACCAAGACAUUGAAAAUAAGAAAGCAAAUCCAAGACUUUAAACAAGGGUCGUUGGAAACUUUAGCGGAUGCAUGGAGACGGUUUAAGACACUUAAACAUCAAUGCCCACCGGAUGUUCUACAUCCAUGGGAUGUCAUUAGUUCAUUCUAUUCCGGUCUCACCGAUGAAUGUAAAUUGCUUUUGGACUCAUCUUCUAGAGGAUCUUUCGUCUCUACAAGUCCCGAAGACGCGGAAGAGUUGAUAAGAACUAUUUCAUCAAAUACCGGGAAUUGGUACAACCAAAGGGAGUCCAAAGGAGGUUUGUAUGAAGUUAGUGCCGACACCGCAUCUCAAGCCAAGGUGGAAGCACUAGGACUUGAAGUCAAGAGGCUACAAGCACAAUUGGAAAAGAUGAAUAAGAGUCAAAGAGGAAAUCCGUGCAUGACAUUGGCUCUAUAUUGCGACAAAUGUGGGGGUGCACAUGGAGCACACGAAUGCACGUCCAACUACGAGGAUGUUCCGUAUGAACAAGUUGAGGCCGUGGGAUAUCAAAGGCCGAAUGACUACAAUACUUAUGGAAAUAACAACAACCAGAAUUGGCGUCAAGGUCAAGGAUGGCAAAACCAACCAUCCCAAAAUCAAUACAAUCCAAGACCAAAUCAAAGUGGACCGAGUUACAAUGCAAACUACAAUAGAGGAUACCAAGACAAUCGAGGGAAUCAAUACAACCCAAGACCUAACCAAGGAGGAGCGUAUCGACCACCUAUGUACCAAGGAAAUAACCAACAAAGAGAAGAAGCUCCUAAAGAAAGCAUGGAAGACAAAAUGGUGAGAAUGUUUGGCGAAUUAAGGCAAGAUGUGACCAAUAUGAGGCAAGAGUGGAAGCAAGACUUGAGGCAAGAGAUAUCCACAAUAAGACAAGAGGUCUCUAACUUGAGACAAGAAAAUAAUGCUUCCUUGAGACACUUGGAGACACAAGUUGCACAAAAAUCCAAGGCCUUAGCCGAAAGACCGCAAGGCACACUUCCGAUUACCACGGUGAAUAAUCCUCGGGAGAGGGUGCAAGCCGUAACCCUUCGGAGUGGAAAGGAGCUUCCCGAGCCGACAUUGCAGAAGAAUACUAUCUCCAAGAAUCCAAUUGAAGAAGAGAAAGUAGAGGAGAUCCUUGAAGAAAACAAGGAGCAAGAAAAGGAAACAUCUCCAUUACCCUCAAGUCCAAAAGCCACUCAAUCUCGAGAUAAAGGAAAGGAAAAGGUAGAUUUACCGAUGUACCAACCACCACUCCCAUUUCCCGGGAGGGUGAAGAAAANGCCGCGUUAUGCAAAGUUCUUGAAAGAUUUACUCACAAAUAAGAGAAAGCUAGAAGAGUCAACUACGGUUUUGCUAGGGGAGGGAUGCUCCGCCUACGUGCGCCAUCAACCACAGAAGCUCACGGACCCCGGAAGCUUCACCAUCCCAUGUCAAAUUGGCGAAGCCGAGUUUAAGAGAGCUCUAGCAGACUCUGGGGCAAGUAUCAAUAUAAUGCCCUUUUGUCUCUUUAAGAAAUUAGACUUGGGCACUCUUAAGCCCACGCGCAUUUGUAUCUAG